AUGGCCAGCAUGGAUGCCAAAAAUCCCAUAAUACUUCCAAAAUCGAGCCACAUAUCAAGCCUAAUAGUUAAACACUAUCAUGAACAGUUUUAUCAUCGAAAUCAUCGCACCGUGUUGAACGAGCUGAGACAACGUUUCCGUAUAGUACCACGCUUCGCAAGUGUUCUCUGGAAGAUACGAGCAGAAUGCCAAGUUUGCAAGAACCUACGAUCAGUUCCACAACCUCCUCCUAUGAGCGAUCUUCCUGCAGCAAGGUUAGCAGCAUUUUCCCGACCUUUUUCGUUUAUUGGAAUAGAUUACUUCGGUCCCAUUAAUGUUACAGUUAAACGUAGCUCCGAGAAACGCUGGGGCGUUCUAAUAACAUGUUUAACAGUGCGUGCGAUUCAUAUUGAGAUAGCGCAUUCACUCUCUGCACAAUCGUGCAUAAUGUCGUUACGGAAUUUUAUGGGAAGAAGAGGCGUUCCGGUGGAAAUUUUCAGCGAUCGCGGUACCAACAUGGUUGGCGCGAGCAAAGAACUUUUGUUAGCCCUAAAGUCAAUGGAUCAAGACUUAGUCAUUCAGGAAAUAACAAGUCCUAAUACAACGUGGUCAUUUAUCCCUCCUUCCUCGCCACACAUGGGCGGAUCAUGGGAAAGAAUGAUCCAAACCGUAAAAAGAAACCUUAACCAGAUCAAACCGCGCCAUCAACUUACAGAUGAAGUUUUGAAAAACCUAUUGAUUGAAAUUGAAAACGUAAUAAAUUCGAGACCGCUGACACAGUUGGCACUAGACAACGAGAUUUCUUCGGUUUUGACCCCUAACCAUUUCCUGCUCGGAUCCUCAAACGGGUUAAAGCCGGCGACUCCCUUUAAUGACAGCAAUCAAGCUUUAAGGAAUACUUGGCAAACUUCACAAAUCGAGGCAAACGUUUUCUGGAAACGUUGGAUUCGAGAUUACCUUCCCGAUCUCACCAAGAGAUCCAAAUGGUUCACUCCGGUUGAAUCGAUUAAUGUUGGUGAUGUAGCAGUGAUCGUCGACCCCAAUCUUCCACGGAACUGUUGGCCACUCGGAAGAGUGAUUUCGGCUGUUCCAGGCAAGGACGGCGAAGUAAGAGAAGCAGUUAUUCAAACCGCAAAUGGCAUUUACGAGCGCCCAGCCGUGAAACUUGCAAUACUUGAUGUUCGACGCGAUUCUUAA